AUGAAGAAAGUCAUAUUUGUAUGUUUGUUAUCAUUAUCGAUUUGUCUAAGUAAGCCAGCCGACGAACAAGGAAAACUAUCUCAAGUUCAAAACACAAAUGUGAUUGAAUCCAAGAAUGUGAAAAAUGCAACAGAGGAACCAAAAGUUUCUCCAAAUGCUACUACAAUAGAACAAAAACCACCCAACGUUACAGACACUACACACUUACAAGAGACCUCAACUGUUCCUAGUAAAACAACAAAUGCUACUCAACCUGCUUCUGAUGAAAAUAAGACUACUCCUGAUAAGAAGAACACAGUACCACAAAUAGACACUGAUAAAAAAAAUGAAGAGUUACCUAAAGUAACUGAAAGUACCACUGAAACCAAGGGCACUGUAGAUAAUAAAGACAAAGCCAAAAAUUCAACAAAACCAGAAGAAAAUCCUGAAAAAGAUACUGCAACUGCUACCACCACUGAGAAGAGUGCUGUGACAAACAAGCCAACUGAAGCUCCGAAAAAGGAUGAGGAUAAACCUACACUACAAGCUAGAGGUUUUGAUGGACCCAGUUUUAUUGGUGGCAUAAUUUUGACACUUGGUCUACUUGCAAUCGGAUUUAUGGGCUUCAAGUACUACAAGACACAAACUGAAAGGAAUUACCACACACUCUAA